AGCACCCGGACGACGUUGACUGUACACAGACAAGAUGGCAGCUUCAGUGGAAGACGAGUUCGAAGACGCCCCCGACGUGGAGCCGCUAGAACCAACUCUGAAGAACAUCAUCGAGCAGAAAUCUCUCAAAUGGAUAUUUGUGGGUGGAAAAGGUGGCGUCGGUAAAACGACAUGCAGCUGCAGUUUGGCUGUCCAGCUGGCCGGGAGCCGAGAGAGCGUUCUCAUCAUCUCAACAGAUCCCGCUCACAACAUCUCAGACGCCUUCGACCAGAAGUUCUCCAAGGUGCCUACGAAGGUCAAAGGCUACGACAACCUCUUCGCGAUGGAAAUUGAUCCGAGCCUGGGCGUCGCCGAGCUGCCCGAUGAGUUCUUUGAGGAGGACAACAUGCUCAGCAUGGGCAAAAAGAUGAUGCAGGAGGCCAUGAGCGCUUUCCCAGGUAUCGACGAGGCCAUGAGCUACGCAGAGGUCAUGAGGUUAGUUAAAGGAAUGAACUUCUCCGUGGUGGUCUUCGACACGGCUCCUACGGGACACACACUGCGACUGCUCAACUUUCCCACCAUAGUAGAACGAGGUCUGGGCCGCCUCAUGCAGAUCAAGAACCAGAUCAGUCCCUUCAUCUCUCAGAUGUGUAACAUGCUCGGUUUGGGCGACAUGAACGCAGACCAGCUGGCCUCCAAGCUGGAGGAAACGCUGCCAGUCAUCCGCUCAGUGAGUGAGCAGUUCAAAGAUCCUGAACAAACCACGUUCAUCUGCGUGUGCAUCGCUGAGUUCCUGUCGCUCUACGAGACGGAGCGGCUGAUCCAGGAGCUGGCCAAGUGCCGCAUCGACACGCACAACAUCAUCGUCAACCAGCUCGUGUUCCCCGAUGCAGACCGGCCGUGUAAAAUGUGUGAAGCCCGCCACAAAAUCCAGUCCAAGUAUUUAGAUCAGAUGGAGGACCUUUAUGAAGAUUUCCACAUAGUCAAGUUACCUCUGCUGCCCCAUGAAGUCCGAGGUGCUGACAAGGUCAACACGUUCUCUAAGCAACUUCUGGAACCCUACAAACCCCCAAACAAGUGAUCGUCCUCCUCCUCCUCCUCCGGUCCUCCUCUGCAGUCUGAACUCACCUCCCGCCUCCCUCCAGCCUCAAACCCUCCUCUCAGCAACAGCCUCAAGACGACCCGCUCAGCGGCCGACGGCGCACCUCAUGGGAUCUUUCACUUCACCUUCUCUCGUCUCCAUAUCCUCUGUGGCAGUUCUUCUGUUCUCUCCCCGAAGCAUUUACCGUUCUCCUCCGCCCUCCAUCCCGCGGAGCCCCGGCUGCGAGUCUCCGGUGUCUCCAGUGACGGUGCCGUGGUGUUCUCCAGGGUGGUCGAUGUUCACGCCGUGUUUCUUCCUGUGUUAUCUGGUGGCGGUGUCUCUUCCCUCCUCGGUCUCUCUCAACUCCAAACUUCACACAUUCUCUAACGCAUCGAGUAUCCAUCCAAAUUCCUACAGAUUCAGGGUGAGACGGCAGGGCAAUGAAAAUCCAACUGACUAACGUGGCCUGUGGUCGUUAAUGAUAGUUUUUGUUCUUUUGACCAAGAGCGUUUGUUUCAUCACGUGGGAUCGUGUAAAGUGCAGAUUCGACUGGGAGCUUUGUGUCCUCGUGUGGCUUGGUCGUUCUAACGUCACCUCCUCCUCUGGAUGGAGACGGCAGUGCUGAUAAAUGUGAUGUUUGAGUGGCUGAAUUCUCACUGCAGCUUCCCAUACAGCGCUGAGCCUCAUCCAUCCCGCGCGCUGAGAGCUGUGUGGGAAGGUCUGAAAGACAUCAGUAGCCUUAUUUUAGAGCAUUGUUCAUUAAAACGUAUUGAAUGUGCUUGAUCAAAUGAAUGGUGAGCAUCUUUGCCCUUGUGAUUGAUUCCUGAUUGGCUUCACUGAUGCUUCCUUAACAGAAAAACACAGUAGAUGACAUGUGAAUAUCCACCGAGCAUUUCCCCUCUGUCACUGAAUGCUUUUGAGUCAGUAAGCCUCUGUUUUCUAUAGAUUUUCUUUAAAUUAUAUUACGAGUGUUAAUUAAAAUAAACUUGACUCUGA